AUGAAGUCGUUUUCCAGUUCUGCAAUCAAUAAAACCGGGAAAAAAUUCGCCCCGAAGGCUCCUGUCCGCCGUGCGCCUGCCGCCGCGCCCGCGAGACGACCUAGUGUUGUUCAACAGUCGCCAGCCGAGCCUGUUCAGGAAGACAAAGCUAAAGAUGUAGCUGUCUCUGAUCUAACGCCUUCUGUGGCUGCUGAGCUGGAAUCACGGGCAGUCACAGAGGCCUCACCCGCAUCAGUCGUUGCGUCUACCACGGAACAAACAGCCAUUGCUUUGAAUUCUGCACCUACUCCUCCGAUUGUUACUCCUACCAACGCCUCCAUCGAUCCCAUUUCCACUCAGAUCGUCACACCUACCGCUACACCUAUCGCCAAGCCGACUCCGAUCCCCAAGCCGACUGCAAUCUCAAAACCAACUCCCAUCUCAAAGCCAACUCCCACCCCAAAGCCGGCUGCGAUUCCUCUCCCACGGAAACGCAAAGCAUCCAUCUCUAUAUCGCAACCUGCACCUGUCUUGACUGCCCCGCCUACCUCUCCUUCCGCUCAACCCACCCCAUCUCCCGCCAUUGUCCCAACUAGUGAGGCACAACCUCCAUCCUCUGGGGAUCAUGGACCAGAGACGGCUCUUUUAGAAUACGCCAGGAUUGAAACAGCGCGGGCCGCUGAAAACCUUGUAGAUUCAAAUGAAGCUCUACCCCAAUCUCAACCUGAAAUCGAACAAACUGCCCCAAUCGAGGGUCGACCAGCAAAACGCGCUCGAACUUUAUCAACUACAGCUACUCCGGUCGCAGCUCGAAAGAAAUCCGUAUCCACAGCGGCAAGCCGUCGAGGCUCUCAGUCGAUCGUGCCUACCAUCGAAGAUUCAAGCGCGACACCCGUUGAAUCCAACAUUUCGACUCCGGAUCCAACAAAGCCAAAGAAGCGAAAGUACUCGAAGGCCGGUACAUCGGAUCCUGAGGGUAGCGAGAAACCAAGGCGCACUCGCAAGAAGCGUGAACCCACCCCGGAAGGCGCAGAGACCGUAGAAAUCUUGCCGAAUGUUGUGAAAAUGUCCGAGCUUUGCAAAGAUCUCAGAACUGGAAAGAAGUCCAAGCGUGAGACAGAGCUACGCAAGAUUGAUAAGGCGGAAGAAGAACAGAAGAAGCAGGGCGGAACCCCUGGGCUAGGAACAGGAACGCCCGUCAAGCAAACUGAUGGCGAACAAGAGAAAACCGAACAACCGGUCGAUUGGAAACCCCAAAGUGGCCCCAUUAUGCGAAUCGUUAACGGCGAGAUCGUGCUGGAUAAUACCUCCCUGCAGGUCGAUCGUCAUGCAGAUGCGGCCCGAGCCGCCGGCGACCUCGAAGAUGUGGUGGAAAGCUCGUUCACCCGAAAGAUCAAUCAGGCCUCGUACGGCAAGCGUACAAAGACCGAAACAUGGGAUGAAGAGAUGACAGAUCUGUUUUAUCGCGGGCUCCGCAUGUUCGGUACCGAUUUCAUGGUUAUCAGCAAAAUGUUCCCGGGCCGAUCUCGUCGUCAGAUCAAGUUGAAGUUCAACAACGAAGAGCGCCGUGAUCCGCAACGAAUCAAGGAUACUCUGAUGGGCCCGUCUGAGACCAUCGACAUCGCAACCUACUCAGAGAUGACGAACACUGUUUACGAUGAUCCCAAAAUUGUUCAGCAAGAACUUGACGAUGAAAAGAAACGGAUCGAGGACCAGCACGCUAAGGAGAAAGAAAUGCAACAGGAAAUGCUGCACAACCCGACUGGUGAUGCCAAGGAUGACAAGAACGACAAGGCGGUUCUCAAGAAGUCGCGCAAGAAGGCGGCUGUGAAGAACCAGGGAGGUGGAACAGAGGAGGUUCUGGGAUCAAUAGAUGACUUUCCCAUGGCUUAA